AUGGGUGCUUCCAUUGAAAAGGAAAGGCCUUCCAUCCCAGGUGACUGUUGUGCUGCACAAAGUUCAUAUCCUUGGGCAAUUCCGAAAACGCAUCUAUCAGAUCUGCACACAUUUCCAGCAAAAACAAACAACGCGUCUCACAUUCAGACUCACCGUACCAUCUUGAGUGACCAAAGGGUAAUCGGCUGCGCUGAGGUUCACGAACCAAUCCCAGUCGCCGGCGAGCCUCAGGAGGGCCGCAAUCCCGUGCAGCGUCGCCGCCAGCAUUGUGGGACCGCGGUAAGUUACCAAACUGGGCUUCCCCACGACCCACACGUUCCCCACGCGCGCGAACACCGAGUGGUUCGACACGAAUUUCGAGAUCUCGCGGUGCUCCGCUUCCGGCGCGGCGGCGUCCACGUGGACGAGGUAGUAGUUCGCUGGGUGGUAGAGGGCCAGGAGGAGCCGCUUGAGGCGGACCGUGUCGCCGGAGGAGGCGGAUAUGAGGUAGCACUUCUUCUGCAGCCUGCUGCUACUUCCACAACUCACAAGAGAUGUUUGUACCAGACCACAGACAACUCAAAUCAGAAGAAGGCCACAGAGAGAAUUGAGACAGAUCAGGAAGAGAAACAUAAGAAAUCAUAA